CCGACUGACUGGACACUUUGAAUACCCGAAUACCAAACUUUAUUAAUAUGAAGUUUAAUAAACAAAGCUCCUAAUAUUACAGCUUUUUCUAAUUGCCCAUGCUAGAUUAACGCACAAACAGUUUGCUUUGGCACUAUCUUUUUUUUUUCAAUGUCUCUGCUGAAUGAUCCAGACGUGUUGGAGAUCGUAUUGGCGAGCGUGUUAUAACUUUUAACCCAACUGUUCUUUCAAAUGACUAUAUUAAGACCGCCGCACCUUCAUAUCCAGAGAUGUUGGCAUGUCAUUCUCCGAACAUUAGUAUGUCGGGGAAUGAUUAUUUUAGUAGCAAAAGUAUAGCGAGUAGCGCUGCUGGUUCACCGAUAUCGGGAGGUCGGCCUAAACCGUUAACUCACUCAAAUAGAAGCAGAGAUACAACUUCUACGCAGGCUGUUAGAGAAGAUUCGAGUUUUAACAAUAACAAAAACGGGGAUAGUGACGACGAUAUCUAUAUUGACGACGAGGAUAAUAGUAAAAAACCACCACCUUUAUUUACAAAACGACAUUUACCUAAACAAAUUGUAGCUCCUCCACCAGUAUUUAUAACAUCCCCUUCAAAACCGCCGACUUCACGUCCAAGUUUAGCUCAUUCAUUUUCACCUGGAGGUGGUGCAUUGAUAACUUCACCAGAUAGUAUACUUGGAAUUUCAUCUACUGAACAAACGCCACAACUAUCACCAACUACAUCAGCCGAAAGCGACAAAGUUCUUGCUGAUAGAAGAGGUUCGGAAGCAUCAUUAUUGACGACGGAUGGAACAGAUAUAUCAUCUAGUCCACCUCCGAGACCUUCAUUAUCUACUGCAGAAGAACGAAAACUUUUACCAGACUCAACAAAAGUUAUUUCAAAACCCAAACCGUUUUCUGCACUAACAGCAUUAAUAGUAGAAAAGAAGAGUAAAUUAGAUAAUCCAUUUGUGGAAGAAUAUAGCUUUUUUGCUGGAAAAGGAGACCUCAAUCCGUUAACUUUGAAAAUAUAUCUUCCGUUUAGUAAUAAACCUUUACACCCACUUGUUGUUGUUGUCAAAAGAGAUGCUACAGUUGAGGAAGUUAUUGGGUAUACUUUAUAUCAAUAUUGGGAUGAAAAAAGAGAACCUGCGUUGGAACCAAAGUUUUGUGAUGUUUUACAAUGGACUAUGAGAAUAGUGGAAGAUGAUGGUGAAAUAGAUUUUGAUUUUCCCGUUCCCGAUAGAACACGGGAAAUAUCCAAAUUUGCCACUGAUCAGUUUGCAUUAUGUAAAGCAAAUCCAAAUCAGGUUAAACAGAAUAUAUCACUUUCUGCUAAAUCAAAACCAUCACCUAAGGAACCAUUAGCUAGUCCAUCUAUAAAGUCAAAUGGAUCUACAGUUAAUACAAAUUCAGCCAUUACAUCGAGUACAACAGUAGUAUCAUCUGCUAUUGAUUUGACAAAUCAAAUAUUUUUACGAAUUAGGCUUACACCUUAUUCUGAAGUCGCUGAGGUUGCGCAUACUACAACUAUAAAUGUACCAGCUGAUACGCAUUUUUAUAGUGUUCUUGACAUGGUUUGUCGUAAGCGUAAAUUAGAACCCAAGGAUUAUACUUUUAAAAUUGCUGAUACAAGCACCUAUUUAGAUCUUGAAAAGACUGUGGAAAGUGUUGGAAAUUCUCAGGAAUUAGCUCUUGUAAAAAAACCAUCCCCUCCAUCUAGUCCUACAACACCCAAAGAGCAAAGACAAUCUAAGCGACGAACACUUAAUGAACCUCCUCAACCACAAUAUGUGUCAUCCAAUGAAUACAUGUCUGUAUAUAAGAAAUAUACGGUUAACCGAAAAAUACCAAUGUUUGUUGGACGUCAUGAACGUGUAUUAGCAAUAGAUGGGGAUUACAUUCAUAUUAUGCCUUCAGAAACUAGAACAAUGUUUGAAUCAAUGAAAACGUCAUCAUAUCAUAUUACAUCUGUUAUAUCAUGUAAGAUAAGUAAAAAAGCUCAAUCUAGUUUUAAAUUAGAAGUAUAUCGAGAUACUGGAACAAAGACAUAUGAUUUUGAGGCAGAAUCCUCCAAAGUAGCUACUGAAAUUUGUCAAAAAGUAAAGUUUCUCAUGGGGUUAUAUAAUAGUGAUAAAUUAAAAACUAGGUCUUUUUCAAACUAUUAAUAUCCUCUUAUGCAAACCAUUCCUUUUUUAUCAAAACCAUUCCUAUUUUAUUUAACAAAAUUUCCGAGUUGUAAAUUAUAUCUCCCGUUAACUUAAACGGUUUCGCUUUGUUAUUUUUUUAUAUAUUAUUAAGAUAUUAUUAUUUGGCCUUUGUAGAAUGUACAUAUCAAAAAAUCCUUGUUUAAAAACUAAAAUUUCAAAUAAAAAUUUG